AUGCGUCACUGGUCCGAGAGGAUGAGCCCCAACUUCGGAAUGGGUCGUCCUAACAUGCCCAUCAACCCCAUGGCCCCGAGAAGAGACUCAGCUCCCCAGCAGGCUGCUUCAAUAAGCUCACCCCAGCCUCUCGAUGCUCCGAUGCCCAUCAUCCACUACUCCUUCAACGUUCCGUUCGCCUCCGACCUCGCCGGUCCCAACACCGAGGACAUCCUCCAUGCCACCGCCGACGCCGUCCUCCGAUGGACCCAUCCCGAAGACGCUCCCGAUGACGUGGGUGUCCACGAGUUGCCCGUCCACACCCAGAACCUCGCGAACCUCCGCAAGGUCUGCAAGGACAUCACCAGCGGCCCCUUCCAGAUCGAGGCUCACGUCAUCUCUACCUCGCCCAAGAACGCAAAGGGACAACAGGUCACCACCGUCUGUCUUUCGGGUACCCCGGAAAUGGUCCACAAGAGCAGGGAGACGAUCUUGAACGACAACCAGACUGUCCUGCGUUGUACGACGGUCGAUGUGGAAGGUCAUCUUGUCUGUGAUCUUACUGCCGGAGCUCUGAAACAGCAAGUUACCGACACUCUGGAUUACAUUUCCAAGUACUGCGGGGUCGACAUUUUCCUCCUUGGCCCCAAGUUGACUCCUAUGGUUGAUGGCAUGACGGGCGAUGCUGAGAUGCGCGUUGAUCAGAGAUGGAGAGUCGCCAUUUACGGCGACAUUCUCUCGGUCGAGCAUGCGAAGGCCCGUGUCCUCAUCCAAAUUGACACUCUGCUCGGCCGAGUCGUCGAUGCCACCAAGCUCGACCUGUCCAUUCACCAGCUCGUUUGCGGCCGCCACAGGAAGAACAUCAAGCUCAUCGAGUCUUCCACCGGCACCGCCAUCUACUUCCCGCCUCCUUUCUCUCAGAUGUACCGUUACUGCCCUCCUGGCGCCAGCCGCAGAGACCCAACGGAUAUCUUUAUCACGGGAGAAAGCCCGCAGGCCAUUGAACUGGCUAAGCAGAAGCUCCAUGAGACCGUUUCGCGCAUUAGGCUGUACAUGAAGGAUGUCACUAUCGCGCCUGCCAAGAUUGACAGCGUUCUCCUCACGCGCCUCGACAAGGUCCGCAAGAUUCUCGAGGCAAACGGCACCUACAUCUUGUUCCCGCCUCUUGCAAGCCAGCGCAACAUGGUCCGAGUCCAAGGCAGCGAAGGACUGCAUGUCGAGCGCACCGUACGCGAGAUCAUGGCUUUGGCUGGACAGUUCUACAGUGCAGCUUGGUGGAUCCAGCAGCCUGACAGCCGGCAGCUCCCCAACCCCGCUGACGUCAGAACCAUGCUCGGCGAUGUUUGUGCGAACUCGGAUGCCGAUCUGUCUUUCGAUAAGAUGAACUUCUCCAUCACUGGAUCUGACGACUCUGUGAAGGCGGCCCUGAUGGUCAUGUCCGAGAUUAAGUUUCUCGUGCAGUCUCAGUACCAAAUUCGCGUCAAGAUCGAGCUUGCCAAUGAGCACAAGGAAUUCGUCAGCGGCAAGAAGAACGGAAAGAUCAACAAGAUUAUGGGCCAGAGCAGUGUCCAGAUCAUCUUCGACGGCUUCAAUGAGUACAACUUCAACAUUGAUGUCAUGGCCGCCAGCUACGACUCGAUGAAGCAGGGUCUGACCCUUGUUGAGCAAGAGAUGCCCGCUUCCAUCUCUUUCCAUGUCCCUGACCAGUACCACAAGCGCAUCAUUGGCAUCGGAGGACAGCACAUUCAGCGCAUCAUGAAGAAGCACUCUGUCUUUGUCAAGUUCUCGAAUGCAAUGGACCGAGGCGGCAUGGGCCGCGAAGACGACGAUGUCAAGGUUGACAACGUCAUCUGCCGCACGCCUGCCAGGAACGCCCAGAAUCUCGAUGCCGUUAAGAACGAGAUUCUGGAGAUGGUCGACAGAGCCGACUCGGAGUACACCUCUCAGAUCGUGAACGUCGACCGUUUGUACCAUCGCCAGCUCCUUGCACGUCUCAGUGACAUUGAUGAACUGGAGAGCAAGUACAACUGCAAGAUCGUCUUCCCAAGCACCGAACAAGCCAGCGAUGAGGUGACCGUGACUGGCCCACAGUGGCAGGUCCCUCAUUGCGUCGACGAGUUUUUGGGCAUGGUGCCUGAUAAUCACGAGCUCGUUCUCACUCGCACUCCGGAGCUCAUCAAGUUCCUUGAAUCGCCGAGCUUUGCUCACGAUCUUGUCCCCAAGUUGAAGACCCAGUACGAAGUCGACGUGUCCGUUCACCAGGAUGCCGACUCUGAGGAUGGUCUCCCAGCCAUCGCUUUGCGCUGGACGUUCACUCGCAACAACGCUGGGGGCCUCCGCGAUGCCAUUGACUUCUUGCUUGCACAGUUCGCCACUGCUGGUGUCGAGGUCACCAUUCUCAAGGGAUCGAUUCCCCGUCCCAAGUCGGACUCUUUUGAGGACUCCCUCCAAUACUUCGACUCGAAGCUCCUUCAGCAUGCUCCUGCCACCAUUGCCGCCGAUUCUCCCACCAAGGCCGCUUUCGAGGGCGAGGUCGCUCGCGAGCGAAGCACCAUUUUUGACCGCCUGCGUAAGCCCGGCAGCAUGACCUCAAUUUCGUCUUUCCUCGACCGCCGCAAGAACAGCUCCCACUCGACGAACGGCAACUUUUUCAAAGGAUCCAGCAAUGUUUCCAAGUCUUCUCUCAUUUCGAUCGAGUCUACCCGCAGCUUUAAUGCGGAUCGCAACCCCUGGAACGAUAGCGGCGUCAAUCUUCCAGACGACGACAACCCUUGGGCCCACAGGCCCCUCGGGAAUGGUUCGGACAAACUGACCAUUCCUCAACCUGGUGACGUUACGCCCCGUCACAGCACUCGUGCGUCCGGCGACAGCGGACGCCCUUCUACGUCUCAUUCUACGAAUUCUGGAUACCCCGGUCCCAUCGGACCUUUCCGUUAG